AUGUCGUUCAAGACUCCUGUGGCGAAAUGCUCAACGCAUAUCCCGACUCUGGGCACUCUGGAUGGAUGGGAAUAUGACAACGGGGUGCAGCAGUUCUGCGGCAUACCAAACAACUGUCCAAGCCCAAUCACCGAAGGCGACGACUCAAACGACCUAGUCCCAGUCCCACAAGCUCCCCAUUUCAACUCCCCAGAGACAGAUGAACUCACCGGGCUGGUAACGAACAUCGUCAUUCCUUGCGCACCGGGAAACCAAAAGUACCCCGUGUUCGUCUACGUGCACGGCGGCUCAUUACUCUACGGCGGCGCCAACCUCCCCAUCUUCGACUCGGUGAACCUCGUUUCGCACAGCAUCCGCAUCGGCGCACCCGUCAUCUGCGUGAAUUUCAACUACCGCGUCGGCCUCGGCGGGUUUCUCGCCAGCGAGGCCAUCCGCCAGGAACUCCAACGCGACGGCCACGCGGGAUGCGGGAACUUCGGCUUCACCGAUCAACAAGUCGCGUUUGAAUGGGUUCAGCGGUAUAUCGCCGAUCUCGGCGGCGACCCAGACCAGGUCACGGCCGUGGGCGAGUCUGCGGGCGGCAUUUCCAUCAGCAAUCAGAUGGCCGCUGCGCGUCCGCCGAGGUUCCGUCGUGCGGUGUGCAUGUCUGGCCUGUCGGUGUCGAUCCCGCCAUGGACGAUGGAGCAGCAUGAAGAGCUCUUUCGGGCUACGUGUCAGUAUUCUGAUAUCGAUCCGGUGCGACCGGAUGUGAUGGAUUGUCUUCGUCGGGUGCCGCAGCAGGACCUCGCCAACGCUACCAGCGCGAUUCAGGGGGUCUUGUCUGGCACGGGGAAUCCGUGUCUGGAUGGGUGGUUCUACAGGGCGGACCCGUUGGGGAUCAGGGAGCCCCCGGAAUGGGUGGAGGCUUUCAUGCUCGGGGAUACGUAUCACGAGGGCGUCAUCUUCCACUUGAACCUGUUAGAAGACGACUACGCGUCUGUCCGCAGGACGCUAUUCGACCAUAUUGGCAAUGAUGAAGAGACCAACCAGAUCCUCGCAGAGUACGGUAUUCGGCCCGACAUGCCCCAGGAGGAGUUCCUCAGACGGGUCGAGCAUAUGUGCGGAGAUGUGAUAUUCAAGAUUCCAAACUAUGCGACGGUUCUCGCCAGCGAGCGGCUGGCUGACAGCAACGCCCUCUUUGCGUACCAUUUCGACCAACGAUCCCGACUGAAGAACGCCCUGGAAGGGACGGCGUAUCACGCGCACGAGCUACUCUAUCUCUUCGGCAAUCUGGAUAAUGAGCUGUCGGAAAAGGAGAUCCGCAUGUCGCGAGACUUUGCCACGGCGUGGAUUAAAUUCUGCUACGGCCAGUCGCCGUGGACACAGAACAAAGGGACAUGGAAGGUAUGGGGGCCCGACAGCGUGCAGGCUGUGAAGGAUGAGAGUGCAGACGAGGAGGUGCGUUCGUACGAGCGUAUGAAGCGUCUACUUGGCCUAGGGAAUGGGGAGACAUGGCGAAGGUGGCUUAACGGUGUCGAUGCGUUGGUCAACAAGCGGAUGAAUUUGGGGCAUGCUAAAUAA